AUGGUUGAGUUUUACUUCCAGAAGAAAGUUGAAACUGCACCCACAAGCCCAAAGGAAACAUUAAUGAGUCGAAUUGAAGGAUGCCCAAAGGGAACAGUUCCUAUUCGUAGGACAACUAAAGAAGAUCUUUUGAGAGCCAAAUAUUUAUCUUCCACUUCCAACGCCCCAGGCGAUGAAUAUAGAGCAGGUAGUACUCUUCAAACAUCAGACCAGAAAAUAUUUGGAGCCACUGGAGUAGUAAAUGUGUGGCAUCCCAAAGUAAAUCCCGACCAAUUUAGCGGGGCUGAAAUUUCAGUAACAGCAGGCCCGGCAGACCAGACUAAUGAAAUCAGAUUUGGAUGGACAGUUAAUCCACAAUUAUAUGGGGAUGAUCUGACUUCAACUUAUUCGUACUGGACUGGUGGUGGUGGUCAUAAUACAGGAUGUUACAACACUCUUUGCUCUGGAUUUGUACAAGUGGACCAACAUUAUACCCCUGCUAUGGAACGUGAAACAGGGCAUUGGUGGUUGAUGCUUGAAAACAAGAUUCAAAUUGGUUACUGGCCAAGAGAACUAUUCCCUCUUUUUGAAUCUGGUGCCGAUUAUAUUUACUGGGGUGGUCACGUAAAAUCUGGAAAAGACGGGAUGCCAGAAAUGGCUAGUGGUAAUAGACCAGAUAGGUUUACCAAUCGCACUGGCUAUUUUGAACAACUUGAAUAUAAAGACAAGGACGACCGUUGGGUACCUUAUCCCAAGAUUCAGCCUAUAGUUGAUUGUAAAGGGUCUUAUGAUUCAUUUUGGGAUGAUGAACACGCCAUCCUUCACUUUGGAGGACCUGGUGGUGGCACUUGUAAUUGAGCGGCGAACAUUGUUUCUGGGCAAAUAAAAGUUGUUCGAAGACAAAUAUAAGA